CCAAAUCAGGCAUCUGUCAUUCUGUACCACUCCUCAGUGGAUGGUAGUACUAAUCGUAGUACCAAAGUUUAAUAACUAGCUCUUCAUCGGAUUAUCUGUAGUUAACGAAGCUAAGGAGUGAAAUCAGUUUGCACGUGUAACGAUAAUAUCUACAUUACUGCCAUUAUGAUGUCCAGUUUGCUUAUUCUUCAAACUAUUCUGCUGCUAUGCGCACCGUUGACCAUGGGGCAGGCGAAAAAACAUAUCACUGUAGGCAUUUUGCUGCAACCUCCCUAUGCUAUGGUGGAUGAAGACAACAGUAGUAACGGAACUGAGACCUAUAAAGGGUUCAUCAUCGACCUGAUGGAGAAACUAUCGGAUAUAAUGAACUUAACGUCCGACCUCAUCCCAGUACCGGACGGAAUGUUCGGAAAACAAUAUCCAAACGGCACAUGGACUGGAGCAGUGGGUCAAGUUGUGUCAAAGGUUGUAGAUGUAUCUGCCGGACCAAUCACUGUGACGUACAAUCGAGCAACGGCUGUAGACUUUUCACAACCAUUCCAAUUUACUGGUCCUGUCAUUGUCAUGCGGAGACCAAACGAAAACAUGCCUCCGUUUAAGGACCGUCUUUUGCAUAUCCUGAAACCUUUUACGACUGACGUAUGGCUGUUGUCUUGUCUGGCGUACCUCAUAACCGGAAGUAUCGUGUACAUCAUAUCAUAUUGUAACCCAUAUGAAUGGCGGCGGAUGUCACGUGAUGGCGAAGCCACCAUCCGUGAAGGGGAAUCCUUUACUUGCCUCAACUCUUUUUGGUUCACUAUCAGUUCUGUUUUUCUUCAGGGAUUUACUCGUUCUCCACGUUCGGCAGGCGGGAGAAUCGUAGUAAUAGGCUGGUGGUUCUUUGUCAUUGUGUUCUUCGCCAGUUACGUUGGCAACCUGUCAAAUCUUCUACGCGUCGGACCACGUCCCAGUGCCAUAGAAACCUACGCUAAGGUCCGAAGUUUCCAAGACCUGGCACUUAACGAGGACAUCAUAGUACAUGUGGUGAAAGAUGGGUCAACACAUACAAAUAUUAUGACGUCCGCGAUGCCAGAGCAUCAAGCUCUCGCUAGUAAGAUUUCAAAAAACACAGAAUCUUUUGUAAGUACCGUAGGAGACGGAAUCAAAUUGGUCAAGGAAUCUGCACCAGGUACACGAGCACUGAUAAUAGAAUCUGCCAUGGCAAAGUAUUACACUGAGCAGGCUGGUUGUUUACUUUAUUAUGUCAAUGAUCUGCUUGCGACCACCCAAUAUGGACUAGUUCUACCGCCGGGUUCUGCUUAUUUGGACCGUAUGAACCUAGCUUUGCUAAGGUUGUCUAAGGACGGGGAUCUUCGCCGACUGGAGACAAAGUGGUUCCGUGGUCACUGCACUAAGUAUAUGCUCGAGAAAUCUGAGGACGAGCGGUUUGAGAUUCCACAUUUUUAUGCACUUGAUCUUGGGUCAUUCAGUGGUGCUCUGUUUAUUCUUGCAAUCGCAUUAGUUCUUGGUGGACUGGUCACCUUGUUGGAAAUCCUCAUUUUCAAAAACGCAGAAUCGAAAAAACCAGUGAAGACUAAGCAGCGACCCUUGAUACAGCGAGGAGUGGACCAUCAAUCCGAGUCUGGAGCAAACCAGUCCCUACUUCAGCCUCCGGGAAGCGAUCGUAGUCAGCAAAGAGACAUGACAUCUGUGUGAGCCUGAUGUUUACCUGAUAGGUUUUAAGUCUUAAAAAGACACGAUGACAGGCGUAGUUUCUGUUUCUAAGUGUCUUAACAACAAAAGAACAACGACAUCCAAUAUUCGAUAUUCACACUCCUUACAAUACUAUUUCGCAAAGAUGAUGAUUUGCGAAAAUAGCACUAAUUAUUGCUAGUUGCGUAAGGGCAUGAAAACCCACCUGAUCACAAACUCGUCAAAAACAGAAUUUCAUAAUUUGUUCAUUUGUUUUCUUUCUGUACAUUUCUUGGAAAUUUCAGCAAAACAGGUUCCUUGAAGUAAUUAUUGCAUUCUAACUCAUGACCACAGACUUAUUGGUUCGCUCUUUAAUCGAGGUGAUAAAAAAUGAAAUUGGAUUCUAAGGUAAUGAAAAAACUUGAAGUGAGUGUGUUCAGUUCAUUUAAUCCUUUCUUCAACUUUAUAUCGUUGUUGAUCGUGUGUCGAUGAGUCAUAUCACAAAUGAAUCGGAAAGAUUACCUAGAGAGUAAAACCAAGCGAACAAAGGUAUCAGUUCUAAAGGAGAUGUGUAAUGGAACCAUACCGACGAAAAUUACAACAGGUCAACCCAAAAAAACAAUUUUGUAUAUAAGAAUUUAUAUUUUUGUAAGGCGUAUAAAUGUGUGAAUUGUACAUUGACAAUACAUUACCAUGUUAGAAUCUUGUCAGCCAGUUUUACUGCAUAAUCAUCAUGAUUAUUUACAAAACUGGUUUGACUGAAAGAUACGUGUAAAAACGUGGUCUUCAAGAAAAAUGUUUAUUUUAUUCCUGUAUAUAUGAGAUAAAGUUAUAAAUAUACAUUUACUGACGGUUAUGUCGUAAGGGGAAAUAACUCGUAUGACUUUAGUAUAACUCUUCAUUCAGAAUCAUGUGGGAAAUAUUCAGUGGCUCUCUAUCUCAUUCUGACACCCAUUUGACAUUUUAACUUGCAGGCGACAUUCAGAUUAAAUAAAUAUUAUAAGACUUUCGCCAAAUACAGUCUAGAUAAUUUCUGACCUAAAAUUUAAUCACUGCUUUAAAAGCACAUAGAGCGGUUUUCGUGACUUUUAAAGAAAACCAACUUAAACCAAAAUUUAUAGAUGUGUAAAAAGAACGUGUCUGAAAAGUUUUCAUUUGCCUGUAUUUUAGGUUAAGGUGCGUUAUACAGUGAUUUCAACUCAUAAAGGCAUGUUUUCUUUUUCCACUGCGUUCUAAAAUGGUGUGUAACAUAACCUUAUUGUACACUAUUUGUAUUUCUGGAAUUGUCUUUGUAAAUCAUAAGAUAAGUUCACAUUAUAUUAGUACCAAAAGUAUCACUUCAUAUAUUGUAAAAGGAAAGUUAGAGUUAACUUCAUCAGACAAACUGAGUUUAAUAUUAUUUAUUUGAAAAUAAUUGAUUAUAUGGUUCCUAUGACGCGGAGUUUAAAAUAUGUUCUUGUUUUGAUAUUUGUUCAUUUUUUAAAUAAAAAAAAAUAUAUAUAUAGCGGUUUUAUUUAUGUACUGAAUAUGAUAUUGUCUUGAUUUUAAUUAUGAUGUCAAAUGCUUCUGUUAUAUCAACACCUCCUUACCUUCCGAAUUCUGAAAAAAUGGAUAUGUAUCAAUGAAACAACCAAGCCAACUAACUAACAUAAACUUAAUAUCGUAUCAGGACAUUUUUCUCAAUAUGAUAAUGAUUUCGAUCAUAAUAUUUUCCAUCAGUUUUCAUAAUAUUCCGUCUGUAAAAACAAGGUAAUUCCUUUUGAUCAUCAUGAAGUCAUUGUUUGUAAACGCGAUUUCUUACCAAAUGCUUGUUGGAUCAUUUAAAAAAAUUCAUAUAUAUGUCAUCCUUGGUCACUAGCUGUGAAUUUUGCAACAAUUUGUUUUUCUGUCAUGUCAACGCAUUAUCAUGAAGAUACAAGAUGAUGCGACAGUUAUCAAAUCCAAUGAAACUAUAUAGCAUAGGAGUGUUGAAAAUAUUUAGUUGCCAAUCUAAACAAGAAACCAUUUACCAGCACCGUUGUCUUUUAACCCUUUUUUCUUAUGAUAACAUGAUAUCAGCUACAUCCAUGAAUUCAUGAAGCACUCGUAGCGUGUUGUAAUUCAUACAUUUUUACAACAAACAUUUUUAUUCAUCGAAUGACUGUCUCAUUGAUGUAAGGACAAUCUCCAACAAGUCGUCAUUAGAACUAAUAGACACAAUGGGAAAACGUUAUUUUUGUGUUGUUGCGUUUCCGUACUUCCAUUGUAGUGUGUUUGUAUCAGAUCAUAGUUCAAUGUGUUGGGACGUUGUUGACUUUUGAAUUUCAGCUAUUUUGAGUAGAAAUAAAUGAUGCUAAAUCAU